AUGACGCCGGAAAAUUACGGGCACUCGGGCAGGAAGGAAGUGACUGUCGGCUGUUUCCAGGCGAAGUCUAAGCAACACGCUGAUGGCUUAACUAAAGUAAUGGCGAGUAGCCUAGAGGCGCUCAAACUGGCUCCGUCACCAGCGCCACGCUCGGUGCUCGCAGCGUUUGAGCGGCCUUCUGCGACUUUACCAGAACACUGCUACUACUGCGGAGCGCAAGGUGUGACGAACCUUGUGCCUCAAAUAUCCUUCAACUUGCAGAGGCGGACUGCGACGCUCGUGGCACGCAGGGUAGGAAGCAUGUAUACCGUAGUUAAUGCUCAUCAGGGCGCGUGUGCACGUUGCAAACAGAUUCUGUGCCUUAGCGACAUCAACGACCAUAUAAUACGCACUGCGAUGAGCCGUAGUAAGGCAGUCGACGAAGUCUACGAACACUUCCUCGAUGUGAACGACAUAAGGAAAUGGAGCAGCUUGAAGCUACAGGGCGUCGUUUUGAUGAGGCGGCGGGCGGCGAGGGCGGCUGUGCAACUCACUGGCAGCAGGCCCGAACUAAGCUACGGAAGGUUCAUGGGCACCGAGUUCUAUAUGUCAGCGCUUAAACCAAAGAUUGUAUCGAAAAGUGGCGUCGUUCAUUGCGGAUUGUACAGCAUGAAGCCAUGCUCUCCCUGCGCCGGGGAAGGCAUCGCCCAUCCACCGCAAACUGACAUUGGAAAGGAGCCGUUCAAUAAUUCAAACUCACCGCCAGUGAGCUACAAGCGAGCUAUUGAUGCGGCCAUCCACCUUGCGCCUGCGCUGAAGGGUAAAAGGAUACCGUACCGGGCUAGGGAGUAUUUGCAACGCUGCUUGCUUGAGGAGGCGCAGGGAAUCAACAUUUCGAAUAUCCUACCAUUAAUUAACGCGACCUUGGAUAUGCGAAUCAUGAGCGAAAGCAUGAGACAGGUUUUCUUGGAGAAGAUGGAAGAGAUGCACCGGGCACCUGCCGGUACCACGGAGGAGAGGUUGCGCCUAUCGGAGGCCGCGUUGCUAAUGUUGUCGCUUCCAGGCAUACAGGAUCUAAUGGCGACUAAAUACGUUGAACUAUGUUUAUCCAUAUUGAAAAGUCACACACAACACGCACCAGGCGACGUGCGCUUACGGACAGGGUUGCUCUAUGCCUCAAUGCUGCCCAGCGGCCUCAUUUCGCUGGAGGAUAUCAGAAGCAUCAUUUUGACCUUCACCGGAAAUCGCGACAUACCGUCUCAUCCGAUGGCGUUGAACGACUGCUCAGCAGUGGUGGCGCUGUUGAAUGUGACCAGAGUGUAUCUGGCCGUCCGCGGGAAGGGUUGGGAUAGUGACCCACACGGGAACGAAAUUAAGAGUUACGUCACUCAGGUCAUGAUUCCCCAGGUGGUGUCGAAUAUAUACGUUUUCACGGCCGCCCACCUGACGGACGUGCUUUCUUUUUUCGCCGACACCGGACUCGAGGCAUGGGCAACCCCUGAACAUGCUGAUGCGCCAAUCAGUUUAACGCAUCUACUAGGCGGUUGCUGCAAACGAUUCGUGAGGGAUGUAUCACAGUUCAGCAUUUCGGACAUGCUGUCUUUCCACUUGGCGUUGCUUCGCUUGAAUCACCGUGACGAGUGGGCCAUCUUGGCCUUAAUACUGGUGCUUCCGAGGCGCGCGCAGUCACUAGAUAGUGUCGAGCAGCUGGUUCGUUUGCUGGAGUUCGCACACUUGGCCGGAAUAGAGAGCCAGUUUCUGGUCGAAUUCGCCUCUGAGCAGCUCAUGCAGCUGGCUCACAAGAUAGGGCGGCGUCACUGCCAAAUGCUGGCCGACCUGCUGUCACGCCGGCCUGUCGGAGGCCCCGUUCUGCUGGAUUCUUCGGCUCUACAGGCGUUGGACAGCGUUGGCGCAAAAUACGGCUUUAAUCUGUUACCAUAA